AUGAAGUUCUUUCUUUCCUCCCUUUCAUUGGCUACCCUGCUUGUUUUGCCCAAUGGUUCGAACGCCUUUACACUUUUUCCAAACCAGCCUUCCGUCAAUACGAGGGGUACUCCUCUGUUCAUGAAAGUUGGUGUCUUUUUUGGAACCAGCACUGGAAACACGGAAGAGUGUGCCGAAAAGAUUGCCGAGAAAUUGGGCGCCGAAGGUCCUUUCGAUGUCGAUGACGGAGAUUCGAUUGUGGAGACCUUCCGAAAGUAUGAUGCCCUGGUUGUUGGUACCCCCACUUGGAAUACAGGCGCCGAUACCGAGCGAUCCGGAACGGGAUGGGACGAACUCUACUAUGGCAGCAUGGAGGGUCUGGAUCUAGGCGACAAAAAAGUGGCUGUCUUUGGCCUGGGAGAUUCCGUUUCUUACUCGGAAAAUUAUGCCGACGCGGCCGGUGAAUUGCACGACAUCUUUGAAAGUUUAGGAUGCAAAAUGCACGGCUAUGUUAGCACCGAGGGAUACCUUCACGACGAUAGCAAGGCCAUUCGAGGUGGAGACAAAUUUUGUGGAUUGCUGUUGGAUAUGGUCAACCAGGAAGAACUGACCGACGAACGAAUCGACAAUUGGAUUGCACAGCUUGGCUCGGAAGGAUUCUUGGAGGGUGAAGGUGAUGCCGUUCAAGAUGCCGUGGUCAUUGAAGCGGCUGCUGUAAUGCCUGAUACUCCUCCCACAACGGGCACCAUGGAAAACUUGGAGCAGUUGGAUGAAAACUCGUCACUUUUGGAUCAGUCCAUCGCAUCUCACGACACUGGCUUCAAACCACACACAAACACAAUCACUGGAAAGACCAUGUGGACAUCUGUGGAUGGAACAAAGUGCUUCAUUACCGAGGGAACAAGUGCCACUGCAACCAGACAAUCCACCACGUUUUCCGCUUAG